AUGUCCUCGCUCCUCUAUGUCACACCAUCUGGUUCAGAGCUCGGUAGUGAUUUUGGCAGGUGGCUCCGAGAGAGUCAUGGCGGAGCUCUGUGCGCCCUGAAUAAUUUCCGAUGGACGCGCCUCCCCGUGUGUCACAGCGCGGCUUUCUUACGGCUAAACCCCGCCACGGAUCUCUUCCCAACGAGAAAUAAUUUUUGGCAGUGGCCGGCCUGCGCCCGUGGGGCCACUUGCAGCUCAGGCGGCCCCAGGGCCGGCAGAGGCGGCGCUCCGCGCCGUCCGAGACAGACACCCCGCGGAGGACGCGUGCCUGCGGCCGGCAGCGGGGCGGGCUCGCUCCCCGGCGGGGUCGGGAGGAAGCACCCCUCGCCCCGUCCUCUGCCCAGGCUGAACUCCCGGCUUCGGUAUUUUCGGAAGGAGGAAGGAGAGACUCAGGUUGGUGUGGGUCCACCUUGGCUUUACGAGGCUGGGGGGAAGCGCGAUGGCCGCUGUCCCUGGGAUGAGGGCUGCUUUCACUGUGUGCAUGGGGUGUCUUCCCGGGCUCUCCUUACAGCAAGAGGGGAGCAGAAAGAAAGAGGCAAAACCCGGCAGAACAUAAAAACACCCCAAACACCGCAAACCCUACAAAACAAAGACAAAAAAGGAGAAAAAAAAAUACAGAUACUCCCCGCCCUUUUUCACUCGCACUUUGCGGUCCAACAAGAUUCAAUUACUUUUGGGAGGCCGGUGCCGGAGAAGGGGAGGUGCUGUGUCUCGGAUGUUAGCGGAGAGGUUUUUCCUCUGUUGAUUUGGGGGUUUGUGUCUUAUUUUUAUGCCCUGCUGUGGGGGAGACGGGUCCCCGAGCAGAGCAGUCUCAACCCUGCGCCCAGUGGAUCCGAGAGAGCCCUUCCGAUAAGCGGCUUGGGAUGUUGCAAAGGAGAGAAGAGAAAGGAUAAGAGAAGAAAUCCGAGAGAAGCUCACCGAGUGCAACAGGUCGCUUCAGCUUCUCCCGGGACCUCACGAAACUAAGUGCCCCCUCCCUGUCCUUCCUCCUCCGGCUCCCCGCGUCGCGACUUUGCUCUGGGAUACGCUUUGAAGGGAGAUGCGGGACGUCCCGCUUGGACAAGACGCGGAGCCGUCGCCCCUGCGCAGCCUCUGCAGAGGAGCAGGAGGAGAAGGAUGAGGAUGCUGUGUCCCUGAGUUACGGCACUGUGGUACCUUUCCGCGCGUCUCUGCCAUUCCCCCUCAUACCCCACGCCCCCUUCUGAGACCCCCUUUGCCCCCGGCCCGGUGUGUGAACUCCCAGAGUGUUCUCAGGAGGCUGAUCAGUUUGGAAAUCAGCAAAUAAAUACUUAAAAAUGCAUACAAAUAGAAACUUUUUUCAAUGCCAAAUGGCGG